GAGCUUGCAGUAUAAAGAGCCACACUUUCUUUAGCGAUAUCUUCUUUGUUAAGUCCUUCAAUAAUGAAGUCUCUCGUACUGCUUUUCCUGCUGUCCGUGGGUGCAGCCAGUGCUGAUGUCUCACCCCGGGCAGUAUGGCAGCUUCGUAAGAUGAUCAAAUGCACCAUCCCAGAGAGCAACCCGCUGCUAGAUUAUGCUGACUACGGCUGCUAUUGCGGCUUGGGAGGCAGCGGGACACCAGUAGAUGAACUUGACAGGUGCUGUCAAGCACAUGAUCAAUGCUACAGCGAGGCGCAGGAGUACUCCGCAUGCAAAGCCCUGCUGGACAACCCGUACACAAACACGUACAGCUACAGCUGCUCCGGUGAAGAGAUCACAUGCAGCAGCAAGAACUCCGACUGCGACAUGUUCAUCUGCAACUGCGACCGCGUCGCCGCCAUAUGCUUCGCCAAGGCGCCCUACAACAGCGCCUACAGGAAGCUGGACACCGAUAAGUACUGCUAGGAGUCCUCUUCCCCUGGUCCCGAGGGCAGCCACGGGCCGCCGGCUGCUCCUGCCUAAUAAAACGCCUUGCAACGA